AUGUCGUACCUCCAGAAUCAGCUCAACAGCUUCAACGCCAGCGUGAAGGAGUCGGCGAACCGGAUGCCCACUCAGCGCCGUGUAGCCAACAACCAGCCUACACCUGCCUCCGGCACCAGCUCCCAAGUUCCUUCAGCUGCACCCACGCCAUCAUCCUCCGCCGAGGUGAAAAAGAAGCGCCAUGAUCCUGAUAUUGUGUACUCGCAGCCUGCCAACACGGGCACGGGCAAGGACAUCAUGACCCAGGUGCUCUUUGCGAUCGAGCACAUGAAGAGCAAAAAUGUGGCACUCAAGUUCUCCGACAUCAUCUCCUACCUAUCUCUGCAAAGUCGCGCCCAUGAUCAAGGCUAUGUCCAAGCUCUUCGGAGCAUCUUGCAGAUGCACGAGAAGGUGGAGUUUGACCCGAGCGGCGCGAAUGGCGAGGGAAGCUUCCGAUUCCGUCCCACGCACAAUAUCCGCAACCCCGAGCAGCUUCUGAAGCAUCUCCAGAACCAAAAAACUGCAUCUGGGAUGAGUGUUCGGGAUCUCAAGGAGGGUUGGCCGAACGCCGAGGAAGGGAUCAACCAGAUGGAGAAGGAAGGGAAGCUACUUGUGACUCGGAACAAAAAGGACGAUCAUCCCAAGAUGGUCUGGGCCAAUGAUCCAUCUCUGAUUGAGCACUUUGAUGAUGAGUUCAAGCACAUCUGGGAGAAGAUCAAGAUUCCCGACCCGAACAUUGUGAAGGAGGAGCUGGAGAAGUUCGGCAUCACACCCACCAACAAGAAUAAGGUUGUCGGGCCUCGGGUUGUUGCGCCAUCUCGUAAGGCAAAGAAGCCACGCCGCAGUGGCAAGACCACCAACACACACAUGACUGGCAUCCUGAGAGACUACUCGCAUCUCAAGCGGUAG